AUAGACAUUGUUGACAAGACUGCAAGUUUCGUUGCUCGGAAUGGACCAGAGUUUGAGGCGCGCAUCAGACAAAAUGAACUGGGCAACCCCAAAUUCAAUUUUCUCAAUCCCGGGGACCCAUAUCAUGCUUACUAUCAACAUAAAGUUAAAGAAAUUAGAGAAGGAAAAGGUCCAGAACCAUCUGCACCACCUAUGACAGCUCCGCAACGACCUGGUCUUGCCCCUGCAACAGCUGCAAAGCAGCAAGAGUUGCUCAAAGCGGCUGCCCCAUUGGAACCUGCACCGCCACGUGAUCCUCCUCCAGACUUUGAGUUCAUUGCUGACCCACCAUCAAUAUCAGCGCUUGAACUUGACAUAGUUAAAUUAACAGCACAAUUUGUUGCCAGAAAUGGGAGACAGUUUCUUACAGACUUAAUGAAGAAGGAAGAGCGUAACCAUCAGUUUGACUUCCUUAGACCCCAACAUUCACUCUUCCAGUACUUCACUCGUCUUUUAGAACAGUACACGAAAGUACUUCUUCCUCCAAAGGAACUUGUUUCAAAGUUGAGCUCCGAGAUCCGUAGUGGUGUAUUGGAGCAGGCACGUACUAGAGCUGCAUGGCAUUCUCACCAGGCUAAGCGUAAAGCCGCGGACGAAGCGAGGAUUGAAAAAGAACGGCUGGCAUACGCUUCUAUUGACUGGCACGACUUUGUAGUAGUUGAAACUGUUGACUAUCCAGCUGGCGAACUUGGUGAUUUUCCUCCACCGACCACCCCAUUAGAAGUCGGUGCUCGAAUUCUGGCUCAGGAGCGCGGCGAAGAUGUCAAUCAAGGCAAUGAAGAAGAUGACACAGAAAUGCAGAUAGAAUCCGAAUCGGAAUCAGAUUCCGAUGAUGAUUUGGCUGAGAUGGAAGAUCGAACCCAACAGCAACAGCGGCCUGAUGACAAUCGUGUUCAAGACAUGGAAGAAGAUAGCUCGUCGUCUGAAGAUGAGCUUAUUCCGGAGCCUCCUAAGGCUGCCCCAGAAGAGGCUUUGUUACCGCCGCGGGCUGAUCGGGUGGUUGUUAAGAAGUACGAUCCUAAACGAGCCAGGCCACAACCGGCCCCUGCAAGUGAAGAAUGGCUGGUCUCACCGAUCACAGGAGAGAAGAUUCCUGCUAACAAGGUCGCAGAUCACGUCAGAAUCGGACUUUUGGACCCGCGCUGGUUGGAGCAGAGAGACCGUGCGGCCGCUGAGAGAACCGAUCGCGACGAAGCCCUCGCUCCUGGCGCUGCCAUUGAGGCUUCACUUAAACAGCUCGCGGAGCGUCGUACGGACAUAUUCGGUGUGGGAGACGAGGAGACGGCCAUCGGUAAGAAGAUCGGCGAGGAGGAGAGGAAGAGAGACGAGCGGGUCACAUGGGACGGACACACGUCCAGCGUGGAGGCGGCCACCAGGGCGGCGCGCGCGCACAUCACGCUGGAGGACCAGAUCCAGCAGAUACACAAGGUCAAAGGUCUCCUGCCAGACGAAGAAAAAGAGAAAAUAGGUCCGAAGCCCGUGCCCGCCUCCUCGAGGAACGCGCCUCGUCCACCCCCGGCGCCCGCGACCCGCGGGCCUGCGCCCGUCCUGCUGCAACCCAUGCCCCCUCUGAUGGUGAUACCCCCCAUACCGCGACCCCCGCUUAUACCUACGCCGGUCGGCCCGCCCUUCGGCUUCGUUCCCAACGUCGUCGGCAAUGUGGUUAAUGUACCGAUACCUGAAGAUGACGAACCGAUGUCGAAGCGAGCCAGAACCGAAGAUGCCCUGGAGCCCGAGAACUCGUGGCUUGCGAAGCACCCGGGCACAGCGAUCAUACAGGUGUCGCUGCCGUCGCUGCCCGACCGCUCGGAGUGGCGGCUGGACGGUCGCACGCUGCAGCUGAGCGUGCCGCUGUCCACCUCCGCCGGGGAGCUCAAGAACAUGGUGCAGAGGAACACGCAGAUGCCCACCGCCAAGCAGAAACUGCAGUACGAGGGUCUGUUCUUCAAAGAUUCCAACACCCUCGCGUACUACAAUGUGCCGCCGGGGGCGGUUGUCAACCUGCAAGUGAAGGAGCGCGGAGGAAGAAAGAAAUAAUUGUAAAUGUCACAUUUGUGUCAAACUGACAUUGACAGUUGAUACGUUGUUGGUUAGACGUAGCAGGAGUAGUGACUCAUUUUGUGGCAUUUUAACUAUUUCUUAGUAUCCAAUAUAAAACAUUUUAUAUAUUUUACUUAGAUAAUUUACACGCCUAUAGUCUCUUGCUAUUAGACAACCGAUAAAAACAGGCCAGGUUUGUAAGUUUAAUGUGCGUAACAAGCUAUGUAUUACACUCGCGAUUUGUAUGUCACUUUGUUUUAGUGUGCGUGAUUUGUUCAAAAUACAGGUUAGUUCUAAAUUCAAUUUUUUUUGAUGUUUUCACAGCUUUCAUAGUCUAUCUAGACGUAUAAAUGAUCUAAGUUAUUUUUGUAUGUUUCGUAAAGUCCAAUAUAAAAUACAUGUUUUGUAAUAUUAAGCCUUAUAAGUAGUUUCUCAUUGUCCGGAAGUAUAUCACUUAUCGUAUUUUAUAGAAUGUACCGCAUUAACAAGAGCAAUAAAAAAUACAAAUGUAUUGUUAUCCAAAUAUUUUCACUCCACAUUUUAACGCGCUAUCAUGCGAUACAUAGAUAUCGUAGAGCUUAAACAUUGAAACAGAAUGUCAUAUUGUAAUUUAGUGAUGAAUGUGAACAUAAGACCUGGAUUUUCUAUAAGUAAUAUAAUAUUUACUAGUGCCUAAAAAUUUUUAAGCUUUGGUACAUGAUAAUAUUCCAUCUUUUAUUGACAAUGUAGUUUGUGUAUGUCACAUGUAUUGAUACGAUACAACAAUAAAUAAUUUACAAUGAA